AUGGUGAUGUCACAGGGCACCUACACCUUCCUGGCCUGUUUCGCUGGCUUCUGGUUGGUCUGGGCCUUCAUCGUCAUGCUGUGCUGCUUCUGCAGCUUCCUGCAGCGCCGGCUGAAGCGGCGCCGCGAGGACCGGCUCAGAGAACAGUGUCUGCGGACGGUGGAGAUGGAGCCGCUCGCCGCUCAGCCUGCCGGAUAUCCGCAAGCGCCUCCACCAGCGCAGCCUCCACAGCUGCAGAGGGAGCCUCUGUCGCAGAUCUGCCCUCCGCACGCGCUGGCGCCGCCCGUCACCCUGCCGAUUCCUCAUCCGAUGCCGCAAGCAAACUGGGUCAGCAUGCCAGAACCAGAUGGAUUUGGGAAGCCGCCUUGUUAUGAGGAAGCAGUCCUGAUGGAGGAUCCCCCUCCGCCCUACAGCGAGGUCUUGGCCGACCCAAGAGGGGGAACCUACCUGAAGCCCGUCCCCUUCCGGGGAGCGCCUCUGCCCUCCAGGGAAAGCCGUGACCCGUCUCUGGUCCUGACGUCCGAGACCGGCAAGCCCCCCGUGGCGACCGUGUUCCCCGACCGAGGCUACUCCUCGCUGAUUCGACUGCCUUCGUCCCAGCGCUGGGACUCGUUGGGUCAUCUCCUGUCCAACAUGGAUCUGAACCAUAACAGCCUGACCCCGCCGGGGGCGCGCUCUCUUCAGGUCGCCGCUGCUGCCAUGGCAACCAUGCCCCGCCGGGAGCCCAGGACUCAUCAUGAGAGUCUGCAAGGCGAGAUACGAGGACUUCAGGGGGGCAUGCGGGGAUUUCAGGGAGGGUUUCAGAGUAUUCAGGGGGUCCAUAGACUAAGAAGUUUGGAGCCUAGCUGCGGCAUGCCAACAGCCUUCCCUUUGCUGGGUCGGAGCACCGCUGUCUAAAACCGGAACCUCACUGGGAGCGCCGAACCAGCCAAGACGACUAAACGGUCUGAGAUCUUCACCGAAAAAAACGACUCCUUUAAUGCUAAUAAAUGCUGCUAAAAGUAGAGUUUUUAACUCCCCGUGGAGCUGCAGAUGGGGUCAGGAUUGCACUUACAUUGCAGGGAUAACGUGCGAGUAGGGGUCGGAAACAUUUUCCA